AUGGUUCGAGUCGGAUUCUGAGGAUUUUUAUAGUGUCAAUGGAGCAUAUGCAGAAGUUGAUCCGUUGAAGAAUAAUAUAAAGCGCCAAGUAUUGAAAUGUUGCAUGGGCUUGCCAUCAGCUAUAGUUGCAGUCGGAGAAGUCUUAGCUAAAAAGCGUACAUCUCAUGAAUGGGAGAUGGUGCUUCGAGAUAUCAAGUUAUUAAUCGAUAGAGGGCUACCAGUUGAACAAAUCGUAUCGCAAAAAUCGAUCUCAGAUUUAAUUUUUGAUGAUUUACCAUAUCACUUGAAACCAUGUUUUCUUUAUUUGGGUUUGUUUCCAAAGGGUUUGAAGAUAGAAGUGGAGCACUUGUAUCUUCAGUGGAUGGCUGAAGGCAUGAUAUCACGAGAUGAUUGUCAAGAAAAUGAAACGACGAUGGAUUUAGCAAAAAGAUAUUUGAGCGAUCUGGUACAGAGAAAAAUUGUUGAGGUUGAAGAAGACGAAGAAACUCCUCCUUUGAGAAAAUACAAGUCUUGUCAGGUUCAUGAGCACGUGAAAGAUCAUUGAUUACAGAAGGGAGAAGAAUAUUUCUUUAAGGUUCUAGAUAAUAGAAGUUCCGAUUCCCUCUCAUUGACUACAAAUCCUGCACGUAGAAUGGCUUUACAUUUAGGCAUGGAAGAUGAUAGAUCCUCUGUUGAUCGGUUAAGAAAUGAAAAAGUUGAUCAUCUGAGGUCUCUCUUACUCUUGAGUCCGCAGGAUCUUCAGGUGAAGUUGGAAUGGUCUCGAAGAAUGUUUAAUCUAAAGAAGUACAGAAUGCUGAGGAUCCUAUAUUUUGAACGGGUUGACUUU